UUGUUGUUCCAUAGGUACAGGCAGAGGUCCCUGGAUCUCCAAUAUUUAUUAUGAAACUAGCAACAUGUGCUCGCCAUUUAGAAGUCCAGUUACUAGCUGACCAGUAUGGGAAUGCAAUAUCUGUUUUUGGUCGAGACUGUUCUAUUCAGCGACGCCAUCAGAAAAUCAUUGAAGAGGCUCCUUGUGUGAUUGCAAAACCUGAUGUUUUUGAACAAAUGGAAAAUGCUGCAGUAAGAUUGGCUAAGAUGGUAGGGUAUGUCAGCACAGGUACUGUAGAGUACUUGUAUGAUGAAGAUGGAAAUUUUUACUUUCUGGAACUCAAUCCUAGGCUCCAGGUGGAACAUCCUUGCACAGAAAUGGUGGCUGAUGUUAACCUUCCUUCAGCUCAGCUUCAGAUUGCUAUGGGUAUUCCUCUUCACAGAAUUAAAGAGAUUAGGCUCCUUUAUGGAGAGUCUCCAGUUGGUGACUCCAUGAUAAACUUCGAAAACCCACAACAUAAACCUCAACCUCUGGGACAUGUAAUAGCUGCUAGAAUUACUUGUGAAAAUCCUGAUGAAGGUUUCAAACCAAGUGCUGGCACAGUUCAGGAACUCAACUUUCGCAGCAACAAGAAUGUCUGGGGUUAUUUUAGUGUGGGAGCUUCUGGAGGUCUUCAUGAGUAUGCCGACUCUCAGUUUGGUCACUGCUUCUCUUGGGGUGAAGAUAGAGAGCAAGCAAGAGAAAAUCUAGUACUGGCACUGAAAGAACUGUCCAUCAGAGGAGAUUUUCGUACCACAGUGGAAUAUUUAAUCACCCUACUGGAAACGGAAGUCUACCAACUGAACCGGAUUGAUACAGGGUGGCUGGAUAAACGUAUUGCAGAAAGAGUUCAGUCUGAAAAACCUGACACUAUGCUGUCUGUUAUUUGUGGGUCUCUUCAUAUAGCAGAUAGAACAAUCCUAAAAAACUUUCAUGAUUUCCAAAGUUCUCUCGAAAAAGGACAGAUUCUUCCUGCUAACAUUUUGAAUAAUACUGUAGAUGUGGAGAUGGUUUAUGAUGGAAUCAAGUAUAAAGUGCAAGCUUCUAGGUCAGGUCCAAAUUCGUAUUUUCUUUGCAUGAACAAUUCUCUCAAAGAAGUUGAAGCUCAUAGUCUCAGUGAUGGUGGGCUUCUUCUGUCUGUGGAUGGGGCCAGUUACACAACCUACAUGAAAGAAGAGAUUGAUCGCUACAGAGUUGUCAUUGGGAAUCAAACAUGCAUAUUUGAUAAAGAAAAUGAUCCCACAAUUUUGAGAUCACCAUCAGCGGGAAAACUUCUCCAGUUUCUAGUGGAAGAUGGAGCACAUGUGUUUCCUGGUCAGGCUUAUGCUGAAAUUGAGGUGAUGAAGAUGCUGAUGACACUGACUGUCUUGGAAUCUGGCUGUGUACAUUUUGUGAAAUGCCCUGGAGCUAUAUUGGAUGCUGGUAGUAUCCUGGCGAGAAUAGAACUAGAUGAUCCCACGAGGGUUACUAAGGCUCAGUUAUUCACUGGUCAAUUUCCUCGAAUGGAAUCUCCUGAGGGUCCAAGUAGGCACGGUGAGAAAAUGAAUCAAGUUUUCCAGACUGCAAAGCGAGAAUUGGGGAACAUCUUAGCUGGCUAUGUGUUGCCAGAACCAUACUGCAUUCCGCGGAUCACAAAUGCUGUUGACACCUUUAUGAAAACAUUAAGAGAUCCAAGCUUACCAUUGCUGGAACUACAGGAGAUAAUCUCUUCAAUCUCAGGACGUAUACCAAGUGUUGUGGAACGGGAGAUCAGAAAACUCAUGACAAAGUAUGCAAGCAAUAUCACAUCUGUACUGUUUCAGUUUCCAAGUCAACAGAUUGCUAGUGUCAUCGAUGGCUACUUCACUACACUUCAGAAACGCUCAGACAGAGACAUGUUUUUUUCCCUUACACAAGGGAUUGUACAACUAGUCCAACGCUACAGAAAUGGAAUUCGUGGAAGGACUAAAGCAGCCGUUCAAGAUCUGCUACGGCAGUAUCUAUCUGUAGAAAUGGAUUUUCAACAAGGCCAUUAUGAUAAAUGUGUAUCAUUGCUCAGGGAAAAACAUCGAGAUGAUAUUGGAACUGUUGUCAACAAAAUUUUCUCUCAUCUGAAAGUUGAUAAGAAAAACUUCCUCAUCAUCAAACUGAUAGAUCACCUCUGUGGACAUGAACCUGGACUAACUGAUGAACUAUCUUGUAUUCUUCAUGAACUGACAACAUUGAACAAGUCAGAAAAUGCCAAAGUUGCUUUACGGGCAAGACAGGUUUUGAUAGCAGCACACCAACCAGCUUAUGAACAAAGACAUAAUCAGAUGGAAUCAAUAUUUCUAUCAGCAGUAGAUAUGUAUGGACAUGACUUCUGUCCAGAAAACCUUCAGAAACUAAUCAUGUCAGAGACGUCAAUUUUUGAUGUUUUGCAUGAUUUUUUUUACCACAGUAAUGUAGUUGUUCAGAGAGCAGCUCUGGAGGUGUAUGUGAGAAGAGCUUACAUUUCCUAUGAACUGACUUGUCUUCAGCAUCUUCAACUGGCUCCAAGUAUAUGUGCAGCACAGUUUGAGUUCUUGCUACCUUCCUCUCAUCCAAACAGGAUUGCAUAUUCUAAGACAACAGGAUGUACUACACCAAACAAAGAAGAUCUAACUUUCGAAUCAGAUACCCCAUCAAAUAUAGACAGCUGCCAAAGGAUGGGAGUUAUUACAGCAUUUCGAACAUUUGAAGAAUUUGUUAAGAAUUUUGAUCAUGUUAUGCAGUUGUUUUGUCAGUCUCCACCACCAAGCCCUAGACUUCUGGACUGUGACUUUUCUCCUAGAUCUCAUGGAGUGUCUUUCUGUGAUGAUGAUCCCAUUCCGAUUGAACCGAUGCAUAUUCUUAACGUUGCCGUUAUGAUGUCAAAAAAAGAUGAAGAUGAAACCUUAAGUGAAAUGUUUUAUGCAUUUUGUGCAGAAAAGAAAGCAGAGUUGAUUGAAAAACUUUUAAGAAGAAUUACAUUUGUUGUUUUGCAGAAGCAUAACUUUCCCAAAUAUUUUACUUACAGAGAAAGAGAUGGGUUCAAGGAAGACCGUAUAUAUCGACAUCUGGAACCAGCCUUAGCUUUCCAGCUGGAAAUGAAUCGUCUUUGUAACUAUGAACUAGAGGCUAUUUCAACAGCUAAUCAAAAAAUGCACCUGUAUCUUGGAAAGGCAAAGGUGGCAAAAGGACAAGAGGUGACAGAUUACAGGUUUUUUGUUCGUACUAUAAUCAGACAUUCGGAUCUUGUGACAAAGGAAGCAUCUUAUGAGUAUUUGCAAAAUGAAGGAGAAAGACUUUUGCUUGAAGCCAUGGAUGAACUAGAAGUGGCUUUUAAUCAUACACAUGCAAAAAGAACAGACUGCAACCACAUUUUCUUAAAUUUUGUUCCAAAAGUCACCAUGGAUCCUUCCAAAAUUGCAGAAAAUGUCAGAAGUAUGGUUAUGCGGUAUGGAUCCAGACUUUGGAGACUAAGAGUGUUACAAGCAGAACUCAAAAUGAUCAUCAGGUUGAAUCCUAAUGGGAAAUGUUUUCCCAUUCGCCUGUUUCUGGCCAAUGAGAGUGGCUAUUACCUGGAUAUUAGUUUGUACAAAGAAUCAGUAGACCCAGUGACAGGACAGAUCAAAUUUGAAGCUUGGGGUCCAAAACAAGGACCUCUGCAUGACCUUCCUAUAUCUACACCAUACAUGACCAAAGACUAUCUGCAACUGAAGAGAUUUCAAGCCCAAUCCAAUGGGACAACAUAUGUGUAUGAUAUUCCUGACAUGUUUGAACAGGCCUUAAUCAGAUGCUGGGAAGAAUUUGUGGAAGAAAGGCCUGAAGUAGACACACCAAAUCAGGUGAUGAGUCACGUAGAACUGGUGCUGGACAGGGAAGGAAGGCUUGUGGAACAGAAACGUCUUCCUGGAGAGAAUGAUGUUGGCAUGGUAGCUUGGAAAAUGACUCUUUGCACACCAGAGUACCCUGCUGGAAGAGAUAUUAUUGUCAUAUCUAAUGACAUCACUUACAUGAUUGGAACUUUUGCACCAAAAGAAGAUCUUCUAUUUCUUAAAGCUUCAGAGAAAGCCAGGGCACUGGGAAUUCCUCGACUUUAUAUUGCAGCUAACAGUGGAGCUCGUAUUGGACUAGCAGAAGAGAUUAAGCAUCUUUUCCAAGUGGCAUGGGUUGACUCUGAGAAUCCUGACAAGGGCUACAAAUACCUUUACUUAACACCAGAGAAUUUUAAGAAAGUGAGUGCUGUCAACUCAGUUCAUGCAGAGCUAAUUGAUGAUGAAGGAGAAGCUCGCUACAAGAUUACAGAUAUCAUAGGAAAAGAUGAAGGUCUAGGAGUUGAAAAUUUGAAAUAUGCUGGAACUAUUGCUGGUGAAUCUUCUCAAGCUUACAAUGAUGUUGUAACGAUCAGCAUGGUGACCUGUCGAGCUAUUGGUAUUGGAGCCUACCUUGUACGUCUUGGCCAGAGAGUUAUUCAAGUGGAAAAUUCCCACAUUAUUCUUACUGGAGCUGGAGCUCUCAAUAAGCUUCUUGGACGGGAAGUUUACACCUCUAAUAACCAGUUAGGAGGUAUCCAGAUUAUGCAUAACAACGGUGUCAGUCACAUGACAGCAAAAGAUGACAUCGAAGGUGUUAGCAUUAUGCUCAAGUGGCUUUCCUACAUUCCCCAGUGUCGAGGGUCAGAAUUGCCAAUUUUGGAACCAGUUGAUCCUGUUGAGAGAGAUGUAGUAUAUACUCCCACUAAGGUGGCUUAUGAUCCUGUAUGGUUAUUAGCUGGAAAAGAAAGCACCAGCUUACCAGGUAGCUGGGAAGAUGGUUUUUUUGAUCGUGGAUCAUUUAAUGAAAUCAUGAAACCCUGGGCUCAGACUGUAGUUUGUGGUCGAGCUCGUCUUGGUGGUAUUCCAGUUGGAGUAAUUGCUGUAGAAACCAGGACUGUAGAAGUAGCCAUUCCAGCUGAUCCAGCUAAUCUUGAUUCAGAAGCUAAACUAGUGUCUCAAGCAGGCCAAGUCUGGUUUCCUGACUCAGCGUAUAAAACUGCUCAAGCUAUCAAGGAUUUCAACAGAGAAGAACUUCCUCUGUUCAUCUUUGCCAACUGGCGAGGAUUUUCUGGGGGAAUGAAAGACAUGUAUGAUAUGGUAGUUAAGUUUGGAGCUUACAUUGUAGAUGCUCUACGAGAAUAUAAUCAACCAAUCUUGGUAUACAUUCCGCCAUUUGCUGAACUCAGAGGUGGAGCUUGGGUGGUGUUAGAUGCAACGAUUAAUGAACAGCAUAUGGAAAUGUAUGCUGAUCCACAAAGCAGGGGUGGAGUUCUGGAACCAAAAGGAACAGUAGAAAUCCGCUACAGAAAAAAAGACUUACUGAAAACAAUACAUCGUAUUGACAACACCUGCAAAAAAUUGAUGGCACAACUUAGCUCUCCAGAUAUCUCUCCAGAAGAGAAAACCUCACUGGAACAACAGCUUCGUCACAGAGAGCAGCAACUGCUCCCUAUGUACCAUCAGGUGGCACUUACAUUUGCUGAUCUUCAUGAUACUCCAGUACGCAUGCAGGAAAAAGGGGUUAUUCAGGACAUAGUUCCAUGGAACAAGUCUCGAACCAUUCUCUACUGGAGACUGAGAAGAUUGCUUCUUCAAGGACGUUUAAAGGCAGACAUUUUGAAAGUUAAGCCCAGCCUUGGGGAUGGAAAAAUUGAGGCUAUGUUUAGGAGGUGGUUUGUUGAGGAGCAUGGACAAGUGAAUCAAUUUUUGUGGGAUGAUAACAAAGCGGUUGUUGAAUGGUUAGCCUCCCAGCUUGACUCAGCCAAAGGGCAUUCAGCAGUCAUGGAUAACAUUCACUGUUUGAAAAGGGAUGCUGUCAUUUGCCAGAUUCGAAGCCUCAUCCAUGAAUAUCCUGAGGUUGCCAUGGACUCUGCUGUACACAUCAUUCAACAUAUGACUCCUCAGCAGCGGGCAGACAUCCUUAACACCAUCAAAACGUUGGAUUCCCAGUUGUCUGAUCAAAAUGGAAGCAUAUCUUCUAACUCUUGAUUGACGUUUCACCUGCCUAGGACCAAGCUAUUAUACUUCAGAGUAGUCUUGCAUCCUUGACAUGUUCUAAAGUAGUGCUUUUUUUUGUAGGUUUACUAAUAUAUUCAUUAACAUAUGUUGUUUCAUUCAACAGUCAGAAAUGCUUUUAAAUUGUGUGCCAUAUUCACUUUUUUUAUGUAAUAGAAACUCCUUCAAACAGUUAGGGCUGCUAUAAUUGUAUUGGAGAGGUACACUUGAUGGAAGCACCAAAACUUGUUGUGUUUAACAGACAUGCAGGAGAUUGGUAAAUUUGGAGUUUUAUUGUGGAGGAAGCUUGAUGCUAACUUCAAGUACAGUAACUAGUUGUCAUACAAUGUCUUUAGAUUUAUGCAGUCAUAGUACUUUUGAAGAAACUCUGUGGCUCACGCAUUAAAAACACAUUUACAUAAGUUUUUCUUUCAUACACAUAACGUUGCUUAAAGGUUGUUUUUUACAUGAUUGCAUACUGAAAAAAAAACUUUUCUUACACACACUAACAAACUGUUGAUACAAAGUAUUUGUUUUUAGUUGGCUACAAUAUUGUUAGUUACACAGGGAAUGUGUUCAGUAUAUAUAUAUAUGUGUGUGUGUGUAUAUAUAUAACACAAACUUCUUAAAAGAUUUAUCAAAGACACACACCAUCUUCAUCUUUUUGAUGUCAUAAUAAUUCAUUUAUAUGAAUACAUGAUUGGGUUUUUGUCUAUAUACAGUGAGAUAUGUAACUCAUAAUGAUGUGUUUCAAAAGUUAUGGUAGAAUUAGUGUUAUUUUUGUUAAAAUUGUUUUUUAAACACACAAGGAUUAUAGGGUAUAUUUUGAUUUCAAACACUUGCUUAGUAUUGUUAUAAAUUACCACACUUGCAGAGAGUUUUGUUACAAGACCAAUGUUCUUGUCACUGUUAGCAUCAGGUCAUAAACAUUCACUAAUAACAGGGUAGUAACUCAGAAGAAGAAGAAAGAUGCUUCAAAACUAGUUAAUGAAGCAAACUAAAUAUUCAGUUAUUUAUUAUUAUUUAAACAAAUAUGUUGUAUUAUCACUUAUUUUAGUUUACUAAGAACAUGUUUCUUUAUAUUAACAAACCAAUAUAAUAAAUAUUUCUAUGCAUUAUAUUUGAGUUUUAAAAUGUUUCCUUGAUUAGUCUAGUAAGAAAUCCUUUUGUAAUUAAUGAUAAUAGCAGAAAUAGCUCAUUAUUCAGAAAUAUCAAAAUAUUAUUUUUUGUUUGUACUGCUGAUAGUGUUCUAUAAUUUGAUCGUAUUAUAUUUUUAUAUUUUUGUGAUUAAUUGACUUGAGGAAAUUUAAUGGAGAUAAUAUGAAUUUAUGGUUAUGCUCUAAGGUAAGCUUUAGGAAUAUACUGUAAUAUGAACUUUGAGGUUAUAUUGUUAUAUCAACUUUGUGGUUUUAGUCUCACCAAAACAACUUUUGUUUAUUAUAUUUCAUUAACAUGAAAUCUGUCCGUAGCAUCCUUUUGCAGCUGUAAUGUUAUGGUAUUUAAUAGAUGGUACUAACAAAACACUUGAAUAGUUUGCAGGUGUGAUACAUUUUGCAAGUAAAAAGUUCACUACAAACCAAAAUUGCUUUAACUUUAAAAGCCUUAUAUCUUAACAGCCAGAGUUUCAUGUCUCACUUAUAUGCAAAGUUUUUAAAGUUAGAUAUUCAAAUGAUGUAGCAGAAUACAGUUAGAAAUAUGUUAGUUAACAUGACACAGCUACUGGUGGAUGCAGUAGUAUCUUAUUAAUGUUGUAGUAAUAAGCAUUUGAAACACUGAAUUAUUUAAAUCUAGAAUGUGAAUUUCUGAAUAGCUUCACAAGUGUUUGAGGGCAAUUAAUCUCAUGAAAAGAACCGCUGAAAAAGUCUCUUUGAGGACAUAGAGUUUACAUUUACUACCUUCUAGAAGCAAAAACAAUCCUUUAUUGGGGUAUUUUUUUUGAGGAGAAGAACUAAGAUCAUUAAACAAAUAAACUAGGAUUGUAUUAACUCAACACUCAGGGAUAUUGAGAAGCAGAGAAUUCAAACAGUGUUCAUUCAACAUUAGAUGUUCAACUAGGCAUCUCUUUUUUUUUUAUGACAAUAUGAAACAUUGCAUAUGUAGCAUAAGACAUUUUGUUUUGACUACAUUUAAUGGCUUGUCACAGUGGGUGUCACAGGAUUGUAUCCUGCACGGUGUUUAGCUGGUAGUGACUGUAUCAGGAAAAAUAUAUCGGAGAAAGUAUGUUGCAAGUUGGAUAAAAUAAAGAUAUUUUGCUUCAUAUCUUUUAAUAAUAGA